UACUUGUAAUACGAUUAAAUUAGUCAAGAAUAUUUUUCGUCUUGUUAUCAGAAAUCCUUCUGAGGGUGCGCGUGUAAUAGAAUCUACGCGAUUGCAAAUAAAAUAAAAUAAUUGUUACUGAAAUUUUAAUUGUCUACAUCUCGAAACUGAACGGCGCUCAAAAAAUAAUACUUUGACAAAGAUACUUUUCGCCGAGAGCCUCUGUAUGAUCACGCAGUUUCAAGCGCAUCAUGAUCACAAUGAUGUUAUCAUCGGUUAGCCGAGACGAGAGGCACUUUUCCGCGAGUAUCUGUAAUUUAGAAAUAAAUUGUGAGAAUGCGUCUAGCGGUAAGUAGGUACUUCCCAUCGUUUGCGGAACGUUGCGAGCCGGCGACGUACGACGCGUACGUGAGAAGGUUCGAGUUCCCACAGACGCCGAAGAAACUGGGAGACCCGCGCGUCCUUGACGUCGGCCAAGUCGAAGCUGUCUCGGGGUCGGACGCGCCGAGUCACCGUAAGCGAUUCGUCAUACGCGAAAUGGGAAUUUUAACUACUUGUCAUCCGUCUUCGUCGAGGAAUUCUACGGCGCUAACAUCUAUGUGCAACAAAACGACGACGUUGUUUAUCCUGCAAGCGUGUGAAACGCGUAGGAGGCUUUAUUUAUCACCGCAUACGGGACAAGAAGCAUCCGACACGUAGGAAGCUGCUCGCGCGUUUUGAGGUGCGAUUCGCAAGCCGAGACGUGAGAAUCCAAAUCCGGCAACGCGACGCUGCUCUCCCCGACUUCGGAACAAAAGGAUCACCGAGCCAAGGGGGAGGCCUUGGUGCCGGCCACGUGGGAUCACGGCGGCGGAUCGUUAAAGAAAUAUCGAACGUCGUACGCGCCUCCCCGUCGUUCGCGGUCGCUCCAUGCGAAUACGCCGGAAUCGUAUCUGUAAUGCGAUCGCUUUGGCACUGGAUAGCGAUAGCAUCAUUAACCCUCCGUGCACCGAACACUGAAUAAGAUCUUGUUACGCGAUAUCUGACCCACCAGGGCCCAGCGCGGAGCGCUCUCGACUCCCUUUUGCCCGCACAAUACUCGCUAAUUAAACGAGCGAGCAGCCCGCCACCGCAGAUACCAGAGCGCGAUUGCUUUGUUUUCGUCCCGGGCCAGCCACGCUUCCUCCGGCCAAAUUAAUUGGAGACGAGAAAAUAAAUAGAGAACCCCGAGCGACCGACCGAUCGAUCGACCGCCCGCGCCACCAUCUCUCGCAGCAGAUGGCCGUGUCGCCGGCAAACAAACCUGCGACUUGUGGACGCAGGACAAGCCAGGGCAAAAAGUCGCAAAGUGCUAAAACAGCAACGAAAUCCGUCGCCGUGUUCCGGCGAGCGUCGCGCGCGGAGGCGAAACGGCGCGUCCGCUGUCGAAAAAAAUAUAAUUACGCUCCUUUUUCCGCAGUCCCGCACACGGUUGAUCUAAUGGAACCCAUCAUUAGUCUGAGCGUAAGCCUGGCAUUCCUCGCGCUCCUCGGUCCGCUUACAAGGCGAUCGCGGCGAAUUCUCGAGCGCAUUAUUUACGCCCGUAUUGUUACACGCUUUGUUGGUAACGCCCGCGAAAAAUCAAGAUUGAGAACUGCGGUUUGCAGAAAUGCAAUUCUGGUAUUCUUUCUCUCACGAUAGCGAUAUUCCUAUCUUGAGAAGUACAAAAACCUUACGGGUGUUAAAGAGUAAAUAAUAACUGGAUUAUAUUUAUAAAGAAAAUAAAAUACAUUUAUAGAACAUA